AUGGCUGGCCUUGGCCACUUCUGCCUACUGGCCACUGCUGUCUUUGCAACGCUGACGGCUGCGCUCGUCCGCUACGGCCAAGGGGUGCCCUUCUGCGGCGCCGCCCUCAUCAAUGACCGGUACGUGGUAACAUCCGCGUGGUGCGCGGGCGAGGCCGGAAGCGGCAGCCAGGUGCUGCUCGGGCGCCACGUCCUGGGCGCGCCGGAAUCGUCUGCCCUGCGCCGAACCGUGACUACGGUAAAGAUCCAUCCACUGUACUCGGAGUAUUUCGACCAGUACAACAUUGCUGUGCUGCGCUUCGAGCCGCCAGUGCCACUGACCACCAGGGUACGGCCCGUCUGCCUGAGCGACGCCCCCUACCAGAGGUUCUCCGUGCACACCAUAACCGGCUGGGGCACCUCCUCUCAGGCCGGUUUCAGGGGUCUGGUGCUUAAGGAGAACCGUAUCAUCACGCCGUUCUUCUCCGCUUGCUCACCCAUGUUACCCGGCCUCUGGAUGUUCCCCAACACCAACAUGUGCGGCUUCCGCUUCGGCUUCGGCUUCGUCCAGAGAGAUGCCGCCAACAGAACAAUGUCGGCCACCGCGCGCGCAGCGCGUCAAAAUGGCGGCUUCAUCUACGACUCAUGCAACGGCGACAUCGGCUCGGCGCUGAUCCUGCGCGUCGGCGACCGCUGGGUGGCUGACGGUGUAGUGAACGGCGGCCCGGCCUGCGGCCCCGUCAUCCCGGGCGUCUUCCACCAGCUGCACUACUCCUACCGCUGGAUCGUCGAGUCCACGCAGGACGCCGCCUACUGCUGA